GCCUGCGCAGUUGCUCGGCCCCGGCUUCCGGGCGGUAUCGGCGCGAUGGAGCUGAGGGCCAGUGCCGCCGAGUAGCGGCGGCGUGAGGUCGCGCGGGCCGGGUGGUGUGACCCGAGGGCUUGGGUCUCCGGGUACUUGGGAGCCGCCGGAGGGUGCGGAGAGAGCCUAGGAUAGCCGUCCGCCGCCACUCCCCGGCAUGUCGGCCGAGGCCUCGGGCCCGGCGGCGGCCGAGGCCCCGUCCCUGGAAGCGCCUAAGCCCUCGGGUCUCGAGCCUGGCUCCGCCGCCUACGGUCUGAAACCGCUGACCCCGAACAGCAAGUACGUGAAGCUGAACGUGGGCGGCUCGCUGCACUACACCACGCUGCGCACCCUCACGGGACAGGACACCAUGCUCAAGGCCAUGUUCAGCGGCCGCGCAGAGGUGCUCACCGAUGCGGGAGGUUGGGUGCUGAUUGACCGGAGCGGCCGUCACUUUGGUACAAUCCUCAACUACCUGCGGGAUGGGUCCGUGCCACUGCCUGAGAGUACCAGAGAGCUGGGGGAGCUACUAGGCGAAGCGCGCUACUACCUGGUACAGGGCCUGAUUGAGGACUGCCAGCUAGCACUGCAGAGAGGAGAGGGGAGAGAAAUUCCAAGCAGGCUCUGCGCUUUCAGCACGGAGCCCGAUGUGGGGAUCAAACACAUGAACCGGCAAAAAAGGGAGAACCUGUCCCCGCUGUGCCUCAUCCCCACGGUGACAUCUCCCCGGGAGGAGCAGCAGCUCCUGGCCAGCACCUCCAAGCCCGUGGUGAAGCUCCUGCACAACCGCAGUAACAACAAGUACUCCUACACCAGCACUUCAGAUGACAACCUACUUAAGAACAUCGAGCUGUUUGACAAACUGGCCCUGCGCUUCCAUGGGCGGCUGCUUUUCCUCAAGGAUGUACUGGGGGACGAGAUCUGCUGCUGGUCCUUCUACGGGCAGGGCCGCAAAAUCGCCGAGGUGUGCUGCACCUCCAUUGUCUAUGCCACGGAAAAGAAGCAGACCAAGGUGGAGUUCCCAGAGGCCCGGAUCUUUGAGGAGACCUUGAACAUCCUGAUCUACGAGACUCCCCGGGGUCCAGACCCAGCCCUCCUGGAGGCCACAGGGGGUGCAGCUGGAGGUGGUGGGGCAGGCCGAGGGGAGGAUGAGGAGAACCGAGAGCACCGUGUCCGCAGGAUCCAUGUCCGGCGCCACAUCACCCACGACGAGCGUCCUCAUGGCCAACAGAUUGUCUUCAAGGACUGACCUUUGACCUUUCUCCCUGUUUUCCUCCUGCCACUGGAACCCAGUUCCUCUCUCUUUCCCUCCUUUUCCCAUACCUUUGCCCCGGCUUUGCUGGCCAAGUCGUGGGCCCAUCUUCUGUCCCUUCAUCGCAUGGUACAGUUCACUGUGGCCCUUUUCCAUUCAUUCCCACCUCACUGCUAACAGCACGGUACAUUCCAGCCCCCUCCCUAGGUCAGAGCCCUUCAGAAGGCCUGCAUUUGUUCCCUUAUCCCAUUCUUGUCCUGUUCUUCCCUCACCAGCUGGUUUAGAGUGAUUUAGAGCUCCCUUUCUCCCCUUCUCUCUCUCUCCCCCCCCCCGUCCCCCCCCCCCCCCCCCGCUUUUUCAGCACAUAGUACACGCCAAAGUGUCAAGCCAGCCCUUACUGAACCACCUCCCCAGCGCCGUGCAGGGUAGUUUCCCUCCCUCGUCCUUCCCCCACCAGCCCCCCCCCCCCACCUCCUUAACUUUGUACUAGGCUGGCCUGGGCUUGCACCAGCUCAGCCAUCUUCUCAAUCUAUUUCAUAUUAUUUAUUUUAAUUUUCUAUUAAAUUAUUGGAAUAAAGUUGA